UAGGUUCCUAUCACAGACAGAUAGCUUGUGCAGUCAAACAAUGAAGUCUCUGAGUUUGUGUAUUUUUGUGGUUGCCGUUACGGUAUCAUCAGGCACUCCAAUCAUGAAGCUUGAUGGACCAGUCGAACGUGCUGCAGCAUACAAGCAACAAGGGCCACCAAUCACAACUAUUAUGCCAGUUGAAGCAAUGGAUAAGCAACAGGGAGGUAAACAGCAGGUACCACCAAUGACAACUAUUAUGCCAGUUGAUGGACCAGUCAAACGUGCUGCAGCAUACAAGCAACAAGGGCCACCAAUCACAACUAUUAUGCCAGUUGAAGCAAUGGAUAAGCAACAGGGAGGUAAACAGCAGGGACCACCAAUGACAACUAUUAUGCCAGAUGAUGGACCAUUCAAACGUGCUGCAGCAUACAAGCAACAAGGGCCACCAAUCACAACUAUUAUGCCAGUUGAAGCAAUGGAUAAGCAACAGGGAGGUAAACAGCAGGGACCACCAAUGACAACUAUUAUGCCAGAUGAUGGACCAUUCAAACGUGCUGCAGCAUACAAGCAACAAGGGCCACCAAUCACAACUAUUAUGCCAGUUGAAGCAAUGGAUAAGCAACAGGGAGGUAAACAGCAGGGACCACCAAUGACAACUAUUAUGCCAGUUGAUGGACCAUUCAAACGUGCUGCAGCAUACAAGCAACAAGGGCCACCAAUCACAACUAUUAUGCCAGUUGAAGCAAUGGAUAAGCAACAGGGAGGUAAACAGCAGGUACCACCAAUGACAACUAUUAUGCCAGUUGAUGGACCAGUCAAACGUGCUGCAGCAUACAAGCAACAAGGGCCACCAAUCACAACUAUUAUGCCAGUUGAAGCAAUGGAUAAGCAACAGGGAGGUAAACAGCAGGUACCACCAAUGACAACUAUUAUGCCAGUUGAUGGAUCAGUCAAACGUGCUGCAGCAUACAAGCAACAAGGGCCACCAAUCACAACUAUUAUGCCAGUUGAAGCAAUGGAUAAGCAACAGGGAGGUAAACAGCAGGGACCACCAAUGACAACUAUUACGCCAGUUGAAGCAAUGGAUAAGCAACAAGGGAUAUGUUGUAUAUAGUUAAUAUAAUUUACUAUGUAGUAAUGAACAUAUAGCUAUGAAAAUAUCAAUUUGAUUAAUAGUCUUCCUGAAUGGAAUUUGCUAUGUUGAAUUGAAUGUAUAUCCCCCCCCCAAAAAAAAAGCAUUGAAUAUUGUUCAUUCAUUGAUAAACUUUGUAUCUGA